AUGGCCGAAGUGGAGCAGAAGAAGAAGCGGACCUUCCGCAAGUUCACCUACCGCGGCGUGGACCUGGACCAGCUGCUGGACAUGUCCUAUGAGCAGCUGAUGCAGCUCUACCGCGGCCUGCGGAGGAAGCAGCACUCGCUGCUCAAGCGCCUGAGGAAGGCUAAGAAAGAGGCGCCGCCCAUGGAGAAGCCCGAGGUGGUGAAGACCCACCUGCGGGGCAUGAUUAUCCUGCCCAAGAUGGUGGGGAGCAUGGUGGUCGUGUACAACGGCAAGACCUUCAACCAGAUGGAGAUCAAGCCGGAGAACCUGGGCGAGUUCUCCAUCACCUACAAGCCUGUGAAGCAUGGCCGGCCUGGCAUCGGUACCACCCACUCCUCCCGCUUCAUCCCCCCUCAAGUAGCUAUGGCCAAUAAAGACUCAUGUUAA